AUGACUAAUCAAUAUUCUGAAUUAGUGGAGCAAUACGAACGUGAUGGGUAUGCGAUCAUACGAAAUGUCAUUGAUGCUCAAUUAGUCAAAGAAUGCCAACAGCAUGUCGAUUUCCUACAAAAGAAAUAUCCAACCAUUCCAGGCGAACAUCUACAUCAUCCAAUCAUGCGAAAUGAUCCAUUUUGGAUUCGACUCGUCAGUGAUCAACGCUUAUUAGAUUUAGCCGCUAUUUUUGGAAAACCUUUCAUUGAACCAGAUAAGGGAAUUGCUCUGUUCUCGUCGCACUACUUUUCCAAACCACCUAAAACAGGCAUGGCUGUUCUUUGGCAUCAAGACGGCGCAUAUUGGCCGUUGAAACCAAUGAAUGUCUUGACAAUGUGGUUAGCUGUCGAUCGAAGUGAUCGAGAAAACGGUUGUCUACGCGUGAUUCGUGGUAGUCAUAAGCAAGGACUGACUGACUUGAAAGAAGAUGUGUCGGUUACUAAUGUUCUGGGUAGUUAUACACAUCGUGAUGAGGAUAUUAAUCAAAACGAUGUUGUCGAUAUGAUUUUGGAACCCGGUGAUAUUAGUAUUCACCAUCCUAACAUCGUUCAUGGUUCUGACGCGAAUACAAGUGAUCGGAGACGAUGUGGAUUGACAAUUAGAUACAUGGCGCCUACGACUGAAUGUAUCGAUAAAACACAACCAGUGAUGAUGAUGAGUGGAGCGGCUGUACAAGGAAUCAAUCACUACCGAAGUUGGCCUAAAUAUCGUUCUGGUUAUGAUUUUUCAUUCAGUGGCUGUGAACAAUGGAAUGAAAAACGACGAAUUGUACCAGAAGAUGAACAAUACUUCGAACGAACAGAUUAUGAUCAAAUGGACAAAGAAAUCGAAGAGGAAGUGUUAAGUUUCGUUGCAAAACUCGGCGGAAAAAAGCCAUAUGCAGAAUUAUAA